AUGGUUCUUGAUAUUCGUAUCAGAGAUCAUUUUCAUUGGAUAUCACUGGAGCCCAUAGAGCUUGCAUGCGAUGCUGAUAGAGACCUAUCCUCCACACUGCAUAGGAGGCUGUGCUCCACUGCUCCUCCGCACCAGACCACUUCCCGCUGCCUGAGGUGCUUCCAAAUCUACCACAGAAGUGGAGAGGGGGGUGCUGGUGUCGCAUGGAUUACUUUCUGGAUUGAGAAUGAUUCCAAUGGCAUAUGUAUAUGUACGUCACUGAAGGCAACCAACGAGAACCUCCCACCAAAUGUGAUCAGGCAAUUGGCUAAAGAAUUGAAGAAUCUUGAUGACUCACCUCCAGAAGGAAUCAAAGUUAGUGUUAAUGAUGAUGACUUCACCACUAUUUUUGCUGAUAUUGAGGGUCCUGGAUUCUUUUUGACCAAAAUUUUCCAUCCAAACAUAGCAACUAGUGGUGAGAUAUGUGUGAAUACACUGAAGAAGGAUUGGAAUCCUGGUCUUGGAUUAAGACAUGUUCUGCUGGUAGUUAGAUGCCUUCUGAUUGAACCAUUUCCUGAAUCUGCCCUCAAUGAACAAGCUGGAAAGAUGUUACUUGAAAACUACACGAGAGAGUACGCAUACGGCAUGCUAUACACUGGCAUCCACGCACUUAAACCUAAGAACAAGUCAAAGAGUGGAGUUAUUUCUGAGUCAACCACAGCUCUAAAUGUGGGCCAGUCCAAUACUGUUCUCGGUGAGAACACACUUUUGGCGUCAGCAGCGAUAUCUACCUCUGCUGCGGCCAAAGCAUUAGGUAAAAACUCUCUGGAUCAGAAUGCUGCUACGUCUGAUCCUGUUGUAGGAGCAUCUGGCGCGCCCAAGAAGGAUGCGCCACAUGCAGUCAAAGUUCCAGUCGAUAAGAAGAAGAUGGAUGCAAGGAAGAAGAGCUUGAAGAGAUUGUAA